AUGAUAUGUUAGGUACUAUUAUCUAUCAGGUUAUGUCACUGCUUUAAAAAUAUUUGUGAAUGGUCAGUGUGUAGAAAUGGAAAUGCUCCAGGUUGUGUUAUGUAUGUACUAAACUGCUGACUGUGUCGUAGAGGCCCUAUGCUACACAGAAAUACCUUGCUAUUUAUAAUAACAUUACUCUCAUAACUUUUUAUUACUGACUGUAAUAACAAUUCCGUUUUAUUUGGACUUGUAUCACCAAGGAAAGAAAACCAUAAAAAUAUGGUUCCUGUGAAAGUCAUGACACUUACCCUCUCCUCCAGUUUUUAUAAUUUCCCUCUUUUAAUGUUAGUUGAUGUAGGGUAAUUUGGAUUUGGAGAUAAAAAUGCAUAAAAAUGCAUUUGCAUCAGGCUCAGAGAAAUGUCUCCCUUUAUAUCAGUUGUACAGUUUAGUUCAAAUCACUAAGUAUCUAGUUGUAACUGCACUGAAGUAAAAGGCUACUAAUGAAUAAAUGAAACAAAUGUUUAGAAAUACAAGUUCCCCCAUUAAAUAUUGGUGGACGGUAGAAACUCAAUGACUGAGCCAUUCUGUUUAAUAAUAAUAGAUCAAUAAAGGAUCAAUUUUGUUUUUCCUGACGAACACUAUUCAAGUGUUCAUAGCGUAACACUGGAUAUGGCAACACACAUGCAAACCUUCAUGUGACCAGAGACACGGCUCUAUUUAUAACAGAGCGAGACAGAGGCCCCGUGUUCCAUUAUACAAGGGCAGUGCGAACGCUGUUGACAGCGCCAUGCCAACCUUGGGCAAUGUUCAAGUAUUUGGGAAAUAUUACUUACACCUAAAGAUGCUGAAUCAUGCUGUGUAAACUCCCUUGUCAUGGAUGACUUAGAGCACAGUGUUGUAAUAGCAGAGCGAGACUGGGAGAGUUUUUAUGAAGAGAGUGAGGAAUGCUCUAUUCAACAGGCACGGCUUGCAAGCCUGGAUGAUUCAGGCUUCAGUGACACAGAUGAUGAGAAAAAUUCCACCCAAGAGCCUGUUUUCGAUCUCCAGAUCAAGCCUGACAAACCAAAUAAGGAGCCUGAUGCUAUAGCAGUGACACAGAGUGAAGAUGAUGACUGUAAAGCUAAUAACCCCUCAGACGAACCUAGAUUCUUAAGUUAUAAGACGGACAAAGAGAGAUCUGCUGAGCAAACUGCAGAGAUCAAUCUGAAUGAUGUUUCAACCGCAUGUGCAUGCUUGUCCACAGAUAGCAGUGUAGGUGUUAACUACGGCAAUUUCACCGAUCCGCAACAUACUGCCUCAUAUAUAAAAGAUUUCAGAAAGCAUAAUGAAAGGCGCAGUCAGGAUAAGUCAUGUAAAGCAAUUGGAGAGCCAAUCACAUCCUUCCCAUGUAUUCAGGAUGCCGAGCAUGUCGGCAGCUCAGGAGAAACAACUUUGAAGGUUUCGGCAAGUUUAACAACUCCAAAAAAAGAGAAAGAACGUUGGUUUGUCACAGUAAAUGACAGUCCGGGAAUGCUAAGAGUAAAGUCUGGCCAAAAAAAAGCAAGCAAAAAAAAAACUUCUAGAAAGCUACUCCAAGAGAGCAUAGUAACAGAAAAUCAGUGCUCCAUCUUGAAUAAUAAGAAAGAUGAAGAAGGAGAAGCAAUGAAAGUUGAACAAACAUUACAGAAUGAAUUUAUGCAACCUCUCCAAACAUAUUCUGAAAGUAUUUACUUUAAUCCAUGUCCUAAUCAUUUCAGUGAAGAGGUUAUUUUAGGCUCAUGCAAUAAUCAAGAGGUAGUUUCAUCUCCCAUGAAAGAACCUGAAAAGGAAGCAUUUGAAAAAUCCUCUAUUCCACAAAUUAACUGCACUUCAGAAAUAGUACGCAAUUACAAAGUGAAUCUCUAG